AUAAAUUGUUAAAAUAUAAAAAGAAGGCAGCAGAGAGUUUGUUUGCCUCAUUCCUCGGUCCUUGUCUUGUUUUUUCUGAUACCUUUGCCUGUGCUUUGUUGCAGUGAAAAUCCAAGACACAUCUUGAUCUUGCUCUCUCUUCUUCACUUCACUCUCUCUCCCUCUCUCUUACAGCAUUUACCCAACUUCACUUUCCAUUUUUCUGGCCUGCUCCUUUUCUCUUUCAAGCAGUUCAUACGUGAGUUUUCACCAAGUUUGUUAGGGAGAUUUACACUAUGGUCAAGCACUUUCCUCUUCUUCUUCUUCUUCUUCUUCUUGCAGUAUAUGUCGCUGCAACUGAUGAAGAACCAUUCAUUGGGGUGAACAUUGGAAGAGAUCUCUCAGAUAUGCCUCACCCCACUCAAGUAGUGGCAUUACUUAAAGCUCAGCAAAUUCGACAUGUUAGGUUGUAUGAUGCUGACCAAGCCAUGCUCAUUGCCCUUGCAAACACAGGAAUACAAGUUGCCGUGUCUGUUCCUAAUGAAGAGAUCCUAGCAAUUGGUCAAUCAAACACCACAGCUGCUAAGUGGGUUUCGCGUAAUGUGGUGGCUCAUUACCCUGCCACUAACAUAACAUCUAUCUGUGUUGGUUCUGAGGUUUUAACUGCCCUCCCCAAUGCGGCAAAAGUGCUUGUCAGUGCCCUUAAGUUCAUUCAUUCGGCCCUUCUGGCGUCAAAUCUUGAUCACCAAAUUAAAGUUUCAACACCCCUUUCCUCUUCCAUGAUCCUUGACUCAUUUCCACCUUCACAAGCCUUCUUCAACCGCUCGCUGAAUCCAGUCUUGGUUCCAAUGUUUGAUUUCUUGCAAACCACUGGCUCUUUUCUAAUGCUCAACACCUACCCUUACUAUGAUUAUAUGAAGUCAGAUGGUGUGUUUCCGUUGGACUAUGCACUCUUCAAACCCCUCCCUCCAAACAAAGAAGUCAUCGAUUCUAACACUCUUCUCCACUACUCCAACGUGUUUGAUUCUGUGAUUGAUGCAGCCUACUUUGCCAUGGCUUUUCUCAACUACACUAACAUUCCUGUGGUGGUGAGUGAAACAGGUUGGCCCUCAAAAGGUGACUCUAAUGAACCAGAUGCCACAGUAGAAAAUGCCAACACUUACAACAGCAAUUUGAUCAAGCAUGUGCUUAACGUAACUGGAACUCCCAAACACCCCGGCAUUGGUGUUAGUACUUACAUCUAUGAACUCUACAAUGAGGAUGCAAAGGCAGGUUCAUUGUCUGAGAAGAACUGGGGUUUGUUUGACGCAAAUGGGAAACCUAUUUAUAUUUUACGAUUAACAGAAUCAGGAGGAGUGCUGGCAAAUGACACCACCAAUCAAACUUACUGUGUUGCAAAAGAUGGUGCCGAUCCCAAGAUGCUGCAAGCUGGAAUAGAUUGGGCAUGUGGACCUGGCAAGGUGGAUUGCUCGCCUUUGCUGCAGGGACAACUAUGUUAUGAACCAGACAACGUAGUUGCACAUGCAAAUUAUGCUUUUGACACUUACUAUCAUCAGAUGGGAAAGUCUCCUCAGGCUUGUGAUUUCAAUGACAUGGCUACAAUCUCCACCACCAAUCCUAGUCAUGGAUCCUGUGUGUUUCCAGGAAGUCUUGGCAAAAAUGGCACCUUCCCUAACGUCACAUUAUCAUCGAUGAAUUCCACAAAUUCAGAUUCUUCUGCCUGGAAUAUACAUCAUGGUGAAUUAGGAAUCAGAAACCCUGUAAUGAUGAUAGUAGUUCUGCUCAUGGGAGUGGUUUGGCUAUAAAUUUUAUGUACCUCAUUUGUAUUGUUCAGUUUAAAAAUUAGCGGUAGAUGAGAUGAGGAUGUUAUGUGCUAGUUCCUUUGCAUGUUCCUAUUUGCUCGUGCAAUUUUCUUCCGGAGGAACGGCAGUGUAACAUGUUUGGUCGUGUAAUACAAUCCUUUUGUUAUUAUAAUUUUUUAGAAAUUAUAAUUAUGAUUAUUAGUUAAGGUUAAA